AUGUUUUGAAAUAUAAGAAAUGGACGAGGAGGGACAGUUUGACCAGCCGGAUACAUUUGACCUGGAACUAGAGCUAGUCAGAUGGGUUAAGAUUGCCGGAGUAAAAACUAUUCCCCCUGUAAUGUGUAAACCUGCAGGACCUAUUAUUCAACACUAUGGACUAGAUUCAAAAUCAAGAUGGCGCGAAGCAGUUUGUAUCAUGAUGCUAGUAUCAGAUCCUCACAUUACUAAUGACGGGGUCAACAAGCUUGGCCGCCAGCUAGCACAGCUCUUCAGACAGGAUUUACAGUUAUGGGAAGUAAAAGCUCGUCAGCUGCAUGAAUGGGUUAAACGUGGUUUAACCAAUGUUAAACUUCUGGACAGAACACUAGCAUACUUCCAGAAUCAGACAAGUUGGUUGCAGUAUAUUAAAACCUUAAAGAAUCCUAUACCAAUGAUAGAAUCUCCAGGAUUCCCAGGAACUCAAUGGAACGAAUUCUAUUGGAAGGAACAGACUGUAAUGUUACUAAUGCAGGAACAAGAUUUCUCAAAUGGAAAAAAUCCAGAUUUCUGUUCAAGGUUGUUUGGUGAGGAGCCGGGAAAAUGGAAGUUGAAGAUGGAACAGUUUAAAAGAUGGAUAGAAAAGGGGAAAAAUGAUCCUCUGCCAGAGUACUAUGGAACGGGUAAGAAUUGUCCAGAGUGUGGAUUGUUUCUCUGGGAUACCAGGAGUUUUCUCAAGCACAUGAAGAGAAAUCACGGACUUAAGAUACGGGACAAGGAGAAGUUUAAAGAAAACUCAUUUAAUACACCUCCUCAACUUUACAUUCCAGGAGAAACCUCCGAUACAGAGGAUAGUUCAGCGUGUACUCCGACAGAUCCAGGAGACAGAUCCAACCCUCUCUCCUCUCCUUCUCUCCCCUCCAAACUAUCUCCGUCAAGGGAAUCUCCCACUCUUCCUCCUCUCUCUUUCUCUCCGUCCCAACCUGUCUCAUCUGCUUCCCAUUCCAGCAAGCUGUAUACCCCGCAUAGAGCAACUAAGAACUCUAUCGUGAACUAUUCCUUGGAUUCUUCGGACUCGGAACCCUCGCUCCUCAGUCUAACUCUACCGGUUCGAACUGCAGCUAGCAGGAAGGAGAGUCCUGCCAGCACAGAUGAAUUAGUAUCAUGCCCAGAAUGCAAUUACAGGUGUUCCCACAGCAAGAUCAUUAAUCACUUAAUCAAGUGUAAAAAAGCUCAUCAGGCCAAUAAACCUGACCCUAGUCCUCCUCAGAAUAAAAAGAAAGCCGUUUCUUCGCCACCUAAAGACCGGACUGAGUCCCCUGCCGAAUUCCGGCGGGGUGCGUCUCCGCCAGCUGUCCGCCGUGAUGUUACUCCUCCUCCAAAGACGCCCCCUCUGCCAAUCACUGAGAUUAAAGAAUCCUUGAAUGUGAAGUCGAUAGUGAAGAAAGUGUUCUGGAAAAAGUACGAGGCCGAGCGCCUGGAGCACGAGAGAAACAUGCUAAAGUUGAAAUCCCCGGAGCCCUAUAAAUCUCCGGAUAGUUCAUAUCGGUCUCCGGAUGGCCACAAAACCCCGGAUCCGGACAAACCACCGUUAAAACUAAAAUUAUCCCGCAAAGAAGGUUGUCAAGAAACUCCUUGUUUUGAAAUAAAUAAACCAGUAAUAAGCAGUAUUUUGAGGCAACAGAAUUUUCGUAGAUUUUCUGCUAGUUCUCCUCAGGAGCCAGGGUCUCCCUGUUCACUUCCCAGAUCACCGGUUCAUGUCAUAUCCAGCACCUCCUUAUCUAGUCCUAGCAGGGUACCAGAACAUAAUCAGGAGAUAACUGAUAUUCGAGAUUAUUCUACUAAACCCCAACCAUCUUCUGAUGUUAAAAAUGAGCCUGUAAUCAUGAAUGAAUUAAAAAAGGACUCAAUUCCCAUCUUAGAACCAGCUCCGAGUAGUGUUAAACCAGCGGAACCUAUUCUCCAGAAUUUUAUUUCUGAAUCCGCCGACGUUGGCCGACUUGGCCGACGACGAGGACGAAUGAUUGCAUGUCCUCUCUGCGGUGUAGAAUAUGCUCUAGCCUCUAAUCUUGAGAAACAUAUAGACAAGGAUCACAAAGACACAAGUAAACCCGCAAAGAAACGCUUUAGAAAAUCUUCAGAAAUGUCGCCGCCCAAGAAAAUGCGCAAAUUCCGUGGAGAUUUGAAAGACACAGUUUCAAUAACUGAUGUUAGUAGUGGUCCAGGAAUUGUUGACCCGGUGUCUAUCUUGAACCCAGAUCAGGUUUCCUCUACGGAGACUGCAACGCCUGAGGUUGAACGGCGGAAGUUGACGGAAUACGAGAUAUUUCAAUCCCUUCAGCUGCACGCGGAACGGAAACCUGAACGGAAAAAGGUUUCCUGUGAUAAAUGUGGCAAACUUAUACCUCCGAAUAAUAUCAAAAGACAUCUUGAACGACAUGAAAAGAUAAAAUCUGGAGAAAUCACUAAAUCUCCGGGACCUGGCCGGAAACUUAAGGUUUCCAACCAGAUAAAAUGCGUGAAAUGUGAGAAGAUGUUUCCGAAAAACCUGAUUAAGCGGCAUUUAAUGAAACAUAAACGAGAGGAGAAGGUUCAAGCUAGCGAAGAAGAAGGGAUUGGUAUACCAACCGGUCCGGUGGAAGACGACCGGAUUCCUUGUGUGGAAUGCGGGAAAAUGUUACCGAAAAACGCGAUGAAGAGGCAUAUGAUGAAACAUGAGGUGGAUAAUCUAGAUUCUGGAACAGUACUGGACGCGGAAAAUAUCAAAACUGAAGUGGAUUCAGCUGACAGUAUGGAGGCUCCAGAACCGGUUCAGGAGAAGAGAAAGUUAGAAAGAAAGAAGAUGAGAUGUGAAGAGUGUGGGAUGCUCUGUGCUCCAAAUACGUUCAGGAGACAUUUAGACAAACAUAGAAGAGGAACAGAGGUAUCUAAUAAGGAAGUUUAUGCUCCUAUUGAAAUAACUCCAACUAAGGAGUAUUGGGAGAUGCAAAGUACAGAACCUUCUCCUGGUUCAUCAAGUGCAACACAGGCAUUACCAAUUAGUACCUCAAGAUUACCAAGCACACUUCCGGCACAGGAGAGAACAAGAUCUGGCUCGGCCCCUACCGGAGAUACAGAGAGUAAAAUAGAACAGGUCGUGAAGGCCGUGAAGACCAGUAAAGCAUCUCUCAAAGAUUUCCAGGGUGAAGAUGAAACGGAUUCCUGUUCAACAAUAAUAACCGCGAAAGACAGAAAAUCCACUAACGAGGAGGAAACAAAGAUGGCGGAAGAUAAAAUGGCGAGAGAUAAUAUGGCGGCAUCAAACGUGGAGAAAAAUACGAAUCCAGUGGAAAAAUCUGAACCAGUCUGUAAAGACGGAGAUGAGAAAAUCAAUAAGAAUAUUAAGGAUCUGAAGGAGCAGGAGCGCUCAAGAAUAUCAGGAUCUGAAGAAGAAGGGGAAACCUCUCUGGAACUAGCCGUCAGGAAAGUUGUGAGCUACAAGAUGACUCCAAAACAAGCUCUAACCAUAUACAAUCUACAAGCCAAGGUCUUGUUUGAUAAUCUACUGGGAGAAACUGAUGAGGAUAGAAUGGCUAUUCUCAAUCUUGUUGAUUUGACCCCUGCCGGCGAGCAGAAGAUUAUUCAAUUCUGUGUCAAGAACGAGGAACAUCUCAGCUAUAAAUCUGUUAUUAACUACGUUAAGGAGUUGAAGUUCAAAGAUGGAAAUACCGAGUUCAAUCUGUCAAGAUUACAAGCAUACAGAUGGUGGUACGCAUUCAGGAAGAAAUUCGAUCUCAAGAUUACAGCAAAGAAGAAAUGAUAAAUCUGUUGGCGGUUCUGCGAAAACCUCCAUUUUGAAUUUAAGAAAUUUAUUAAGAGUAGAAUCCUUAGAAUCGAAGACGAUAUUUAUGCAUUACAUAAUUGAUUUAUCAAACAUGAUCUACCCUACCUUUACAGAUCCAAGAUACUUAUCGCGCCAUAUUUUGUUCAUACGUAAUCGAUGCCAUUGCGUGACGUUUUGAAUUCCAAGAUCUGAUUCUGGCUCAAGUAGAGUCAAGAAUAAAAACAGUAUUUGCUUUUUAAAAGUUGAAUAUUAAAUAUUGUUAUUUUAUGUAAACCAUGUUAUAUACAGAUAUCUAUUGUUUCUCAAAAAGAACAAAAAACAGUUAAAAUCCUCAUUCCUUGGCAAAUUCUCCUAAGAGAUUAUGUCGGGCCUAUGUAUUGUAACUUGAAACCUCUUUAACAAUUUAUGUAUCCAUUUAUUUAUCAGUAUUUUGCAUUUAUCAAACCUAUUUUUACAGUGCACGCUGUACAUAUUUGAAUAUUUGAUACUUUUCGACUGUCCGUAUUUUUAUCUCAAACUAUUCGUACAAAAUCUCGUUGCAUAGCUAGGGAUGGGUAUUAUUAAGGUCCGUCUUUAAACAUUUUAGGGUUUUUUAAUUAUAUCUUAUUUGAAAAUUGCUCAAUAAGUUUGGACUUCUUACAUUUCGCAAAAUAAUUACUCUGAGCAAUGUUGUUCACGAAAAGCAUUUUUAAAAAACUAUUUUCCAAACUUUUUGAUGAAUAUCUUUGGUAGGAAUAAAAGCUUUGAAUGAAGUUCAAAAGAAAACUUCAGAUUUUGCUGUUCCAUCACAUUUCAAGUUUAUUUAGAACAGUUCUAAAGCCUAAAAGCUUUGAAUGUUUAAAACCCGGAUCUUUUAAGGAGGCCCUUAGCCCCUGUUUAUCUAGUUCUCAAACUCAAUAUUAGAUAUAUAUAGUACUAAAUUAGUUACCUAUCAGAAUGUAAUUAAAAUGUUGAACCGGCUUUUUGUCGGAUUGUUUAACGAUAUGUUUCGCCCGUUUACUUACAGUAUUUUUCAGA